AUGAGCUCUAAUCUGCAACCCUUGCUCGGAGAGCGCAACCUCGGAUUUAUUCGCCAGCCAUCCUUUUCUUUGGCCGAGCAUGAGCCCCUCAUUGCGAAGUGGAGAAGGUCCGCCCGCGACUUUUUAACUUCUCGAUGGGGCCAUUACCUUGUGCUUCUGCUGAUUACCAUCGAUGUCUGCUGUGGUUUCUCGGAAUUUCUCAUCCAGUUGCAUGUCUGCGAGUCGAAGCAGAAGGGUCAUGGCGUUGACCGGGGGUGGGGAGUCACCGAGCAGGCCCUGAGUGUCACCGGCCUCGUGAUCUCAUGUCUCUUCAUGAUGGAGUUGAUUGUGGCGGUUCUUAGCUUUGGAUUAGGUUAUUUCUCGAACUGGUUUCAUAUAUUUGAUUCACUGGUUAUUCUUGUCGCCUUUGUCAUCGAAAUCGCACUCCAGGGAAUGGUAGAAGAACUGGGUUCCCUUGUUGUUGUUUUACGUCUCUGGCGCGUGUUCCAGAUCAUUGAGGAGUUGAGGUCUGCCAGUGAAGACACGAUGGAAGAAUACGAAGAUGAGUUGGAAAGACUUCGGCAAGAGAAUGCUGGUCUUAGACAGAGACUGAACUUGAACGUAGGGGGAAAUGAAGGCAUGGAGUGA